UUAUAUAUCUGCUUUCAAGGAAUAUGCCUGCUAGCAGUUCAGGCUACCAGCCCGCCAGAUCACACGCCUACACCAAAUGGGACACAGAAAAAGAUGAGGUCACCGUUGAUUACAAAAAGGUCGGAGAAGAUGGAGAUGGAACUUGGUUCAGUGGACGUAAAGGUGCAAUCAUCAAGGGCCUUAUCGUUAUUGUUGUGUUCUUUGUCGGCCUUGUUAUUGGCUAUGUCAUAAGAAGAGGAGUCCACGAAAAUAGUUCCAAGCCUAAUACACCAUGCCUUUAUGGUACACCAAUGAUAAAGGACUUCUCAGAUGAUGCAAGUUUUGAUCUUGUAUCAGGAAUAGAGGCAAAGAGCAUAGAGCAGGACCUCAAAGAGUUUACUACAGCUGUUCAUAUAGCGGGAACUGAGAAGAGUAAUGAGCUGGGGGACCUCAUUUCCAGUAUAUGGAAGGAGAACAAACUCAUGGAAGUUUCUAAGAAGUCAUAUGAUGUACUCCUGUCUUAUCCAGAUUAUUUUGACAAGCCUAAUAAGGUUGAGAUCUUGGAUGGAGCUGAGGGGGUUGUAUACGAGUGUAACACUAAGGCACCACGUGAUAGCUUCCAUCCAGAACUGAGGCCUUUCAAUGCAUACUCUCCCAAUGGAACUGCACAGGGAGAGCUUGUAUAUGCUAACUAUGGACGCCUAGAAGACUUUGCUCAUAUUGCUUCUAAGGGGGUGAAUAUCUCUGGAGCCAUUGUAGUGAUGAGAUAUGGCAAGAUAUACAGAGGAAAUAAGGUUCAGCAUGCAACUGAUCAAGGGGCUAUAGGAGUUAUAUUGUAUUCUGAUCCAGAAGACAAAGCCAUGGACCCUUCUAAGCUAUACCCUAAUGGGUGGCUUAUGCCUGAUUAUGCUGUUGAGAGGGGGUCUAUCUUGCCUAGUAUUACUGGAGACCCCUUAACUCCUGAUAUACCAGCAGUUUCUGGUGCAUACCGUCUUCCAAUCUCUAAAGCAAACUUGCCCACCAUUCCAGUGCAGCCUAUUUCAUAUAAAGAUGCUUAUGCCUUGUUAAGUAAGAUGUCAGGUCCGGCAGGCCGAGAAGAUUUCCAGGGUGGCUUUAACUUCUCAUACAACAUUGGACCCGGGUACACCCAGCAGUAUACUAACUGGACUGUCAAACUUGAGGUAAACAAUAAACUAGAAAUGAGGAAAGUUACAAAUAUCAUAGGUGUCAUCAAAGGAAUUGUUGAACCAGAUCGCUAUGUUAUUGUGGGUUGCCAUCACGAUGCUUGGACAUAUGGGGGAGUAGAUCCAAACACUGGAACAGCCCUUAUGUCACAGUUAAUAAAGUCAUUGGGAGAAAUUGAAGAUGAAGACUGGCGGCCAAGACGUACAUUGAUAUUUGCAAGUUGGGAUGCAGAGGAGUUUGGCCUGAUUGGAUCUUAUGAGUGGGUAGAAGAUAACAUGAAGCAGUUGGCCUCUAAGGCUGUGGCUUAUAUAAAUCUAGAUGGUGCCAUCAGAGGUAAUUACACAUUCACAGCAAGUGCCAGUCCACUUAUGCGUCAUGUUUUGUAUGACGCAACCCGCGAUGUGCUCUGCGCUGACCAGGACCACCCCGACAUGUCUGUAUAUGAAAUGUGGAAGAUGCAUGAUCCAGUUAACAGCAGCGAUCUCCACACAUUGCCAAAGGUGUCUUUAAUUGGAUCUGGUAGUGACCAAUCAGCAUUUGUCAAUACAUUGGGUGUGCCAUCGCUCUGGCCUGUCUACAGACAUAACUUCAAAGCCUACCCAUUCCAAACUCCACCUGCCUACCACACUUCUCUCGAUACUUAUCGUUACGUGAAAAACUUUAUUGACCCACACUUCAUGAUCCAUGAGACAAUGGGCAAAGUUGUUGCAGAGAUAGUGCUGAGACUGGUGGAUUCUGCUAAGCUUCCUGUAGAUGUUCGAGACUAUAGGGAUACUGUUUGGAAAGCUUAUAAUGACACUAAAGAUCAAUAUGCAAGUCAUCUUAACAAUAAAAACAUCAAAUUAGAUGGUCUGUAUUCUGCUGUCAGAGAGUUUGGUGUAGCUGCAGAUAUGUUUGCCAUUAAAUAUCAGAAACUUUCUAUCACUAAAACUCUGGAAUUACGGAGGCGGAAUGACCAAGUGAUGCUAUUAUCAAGGGCAUUUAUUCUCCCUUCUGGCCUGCCUGGCAGACCUCAGCUCAAGAAUCUAUUGCUUUCACCAAGCUCAUACAACACAUAUGGUUCCUCCCUGUUCCCAGGCCUAUCAGAUACAAUCUAUGAGGCAACUACAUCAGGGGAUUGGGAACCAGUGAAACAACAGCUCUCAGCGCUUAUCAUAGCUUUACAUUCCGCCAGAAACAUUCUCAGUGAGGAAACUCUACCCUAGUUAUUACGAUGUUGAUUUCAUGUGGUACAUCACUGCUGAUUGACAAUCGAUGAUAAAUAAACGCCUGCAGGACUUGAAAAUUCCUCUUUGUGUCAUUGGUAUGGUAAGGUCAAGUCAAGGAUACCGAAAUGUAUUGUGCAUAAAGGAGAACUUUCCAUAUAUGAUUAGAGACUUAAAAAUUGGCAUAUUCACUUUAUCUGAGUUUCCAGUUUCCUAUCUGAUGUAUAUGUGCAGGUCAUAUACAAGUUAGCAUCUUAAUUAAUGAAGUGAGCUGAUUUUAUAAAUCUUGCUCCUUAAUGUGUAUUGCACAACAAUGUGGCAACAAGAUUGAUGGAGUUGCAUCUAUUAGCUUGUGGCAGUGACACAGUGUCACAACACUGUCCAGGCAUUAGUGUAAAAAACAAUUUGUCAUUCCUUGAACAUUCAUCUUUUAAAUAUUGUACAUUUAGACUGUUGAUGCUGGCCAUUUUGUCAAUUUGAAAGAGAUGUAUGUACAGUAUAUAGUAAUUAUUAGUCAAAGUACAGUAAAACCUGUAUAUUCAUCUGAAUGCUUUCUCUGGUCUUCUACCUUUUUGUCCAAUUGAACUACAUGUUUAAAAAAAUUGAAAUAUGAAAUCAUUCAAACACUUUUAGCUGGUACCAGUGGUUUUCAGAUUGAACAUGUUUUACUGUAUUAAUAUGCUUAUAUUUAUUAUUAAGUACUCGUAUCAUAUAUGAUGAUGUAAUAUUUUGUUCAAAGGUAAUUACUUCCCUAAAUAUGAGUGAGAACCAGUUUUUACAUUUCUAAAACUGCCUUAUAAUCUCUCUGAGGCGUCAAGAGAUUAAACUGAGUACAACUUAUGGUUCUUUAUCCACCAAUUAAAGAAAAUAGAAGGAAUGUGGAGUUUAAAAUUUUCGGAUGCAACCUUACCAAAAAAUCAUGUCAUCGUUUUCCUUACAAUCCUUAAUUUUUCUUUCUGAAAAAAGAAUUGAGAUAUUUAAUCAAAUAUAAUUACAGAUAGUGUUUAUUGAAGAUUUAAGAUGCAAAAAUGUCCAAAAUUAGAAGAUCCUUUAAAUCAUGAAACAAGGAAAUUGUUUGGAGCUGAAGUACAGUUAUACCAUGUAAUUUAUCAAAAAACUUGAUAUUAUUUUAGAACUAAUAACUCAGAGAAAGAGAAAAAUAUUUUUGUUAAUUCAUUCCAUUUUGAUGUUAAAUUUUGCGUUCAUAUUUUUAGUUUCUUUUGAAUGUUGUAACAUGUGAACGUUUUUGAUAUAUUGUCAUUAUAAUGCUUCCAAGUUUUUUUGCAAAGCUGCUAAUCAUGUACAAAUUGCUAGUUUCGUUUUGAGUAAGCAAAAUUGUACAUUCACAAGGAAAUAAACAAUUGUGUAUUCGACGCUAUGAAUGUUAUUAUUGUGGUAGAACACAGUAAUUUGAUAUGAUAUAUAAUUAUAUGUACAGCAUAUAAAUGUACAUAUAUUUAUAUCAUACAGCAUAUGUUUAUGUAAUAUGUAUAUGAAAUAUGAUACAUUUUAGAAAGGAUGCCAUAAUUGUUCAUACAUGUGUAUUUAUAUGUAGUAACAUGACUCACCAGUAUUCAUUUAUGAUCGUUAAGAGUAAGAGGGUCUGUCACAUGAGUGUGUUUUAUGACUACAAGGUUCUAUCAUGUCAAUAUAUGAGGGUCUUUAAUAUCAAGAACAGUAAGUGUCUGUUAUGAUCAUAAGGGGACUAUCAAUUAAAGAGUGCAUGUACAUCUGUAUUAAUACACAUGCCACCUUUGUUUUUAAUAUUUUUUAUUUCAGAAAUGUGAAUGUUUAUUUGCUGUGUAUAUUGCAAGGAGUUUAAACCAAUAGUUGUACAUAGAUUCGAGAUAACAGAUAUAUGAGACUCUUUUUAUGACACCACCUCAAGUUGUGAAAUAUUGUUAUAGUCUCCAACAUUU